AUGAUUCUUUUCUACUUUUUAUUCUACGCUGAAACAAUUCUCGCACAGCAACCUCCUCAGCCAGAAGAUGUAAAUGUCCCCGGCACGAAUUUUUUGGACCAUAACAGCCCUAUUAGUUCCUACUUCGGCCAAGAAUUCUUGAAGGAAAACAUUCCUUUUAUCGAUAUACCUGAUGCAAAUAUUCAGGAAAUAUACUACUACCGCUGGUCCACUCUAGCGGGCCAUUUGCGGUAUAUAACUCCUGGAACUGGCUAUAUCCUUACCGAAUUCCUUCAACCGGUGGGUUAUGCCGAGGCGUACAAUACUAUCGACGCUGCUGCUGGACAUCAGAUUGAUGAGGCAAGAUGGCUUAGAGGAAGUUUUUAUGCGGGUGAUUAUAUCCAGGUUUACACGCGUGGGCCUGGAAAUACUACCCAGUACACGAACUGGAUCACAGAUGCUGCGUAUCGCAGGGCACAGGUCAAUGGAGACGUCGAGUUUUUGACCAGCCAGCUGGAUGGAUUUCUCCGCAUGUGGGACGAAUGGGAUUUUGUCUUUGAUGAGGAUGCUGGUCUUUAUUAUUACACCCCGCUCUACGAUGCACAGGAAUACAGUCUUCCUGAUUACGUUGAUGCAGCUGAGACAAACGACACCGCCAUUCAGUUCCAAGGACCAGAUACAUACAGACCUAGUCAUAACGCCUAUAUGGUUGGUAAUGCACGAGCGGUGUCUGAAACAGCAAAACUAGCAGGCCAGAAUUCAGUAGCUGCCAACUUUACCAACCUGGCAGAUGCACUCGAAACAGCCAUGUACGAGCAUUUAUGGAACCCGGAUCAACAAUUCUUCGUCGACGUGAUUAGACCCGACAACCCGAAUCUCACUCAACUGCAGGGCCGCGAGGAAGUAGGAUUGUUUCCAUUCCGCUUCGGAAUCGGCCUGGAAGAUAAAUACUGCACUUCCCCUUCCGAAGAGCUGUUCGACCCUCAGGGCUUUUAUACUACUUACGCCCCGGCAACACUCGAGGUCCGCAAUGAGUAUUACUCUGCCACUAAGCCAAACUCUUACUGUUGUUACUGGAAUGGCCAAUCAUGGCCGUUUUCGACUGCCCAUGUACUAAAGUCUUUGGCGAGCAUGUAUCGCUCCAAUAACUGCAGUCUUGUCGCUGAAAAGUACUAUCAAUACCUCAGUAUUUAUGCAACAACGCAACACAAAGAUGGUGCGCCUUACGUAGCAGAAUCGCAUUAUCCUGAUAUCGAUGAAUGGAGUGGUGACAGCUUCAAUCACUCCGAGCACUACGAUCAUUCAACUAACAAUGACGAUGUUAUCACCGGUCUCCUCGGCCUGGUGCCACGACUGGACGACGUGUUGCAAUUCUCACCAAUCAUUCCCUCGAACUGGACAUACUUUGCGCUCGAAAAUAUCACUCUCGCGCGACCAAGAAACUUUUCCUCCGUUACUCUUGGGAUCUACUCAGACGUAGCUCGAGGCGGUGCAAUUGAUUGCCCAGAGGCGAUUGAAAUUUACGGCUCGAGUAAUAGGCUAUUGGCAAGACUCGACCCCUUCGAUACCUGUGUGCCGAAUGAGCUGAACACGAUCUCUUUCAAUACCACCGUCGAAAGCGAUUUCCUCUCGGUGACCAUGUAUAAAAAAGAGAAUCUCUUCGUUGGUAUUUGUGAGCUGCAAGUCUGGGUUCCGCCAGACCGAACCAGUGGCAUUUAUUACGCCGUUGAUGCGGUAUUGACAGGUGCAGAAGUGAUUUUCAAUUCCACGGGGUCCAGAGCAACACCAAAUGGGGCUGUAGUAGGCUCAUUCCAGGUUGGAAGUAAGGUGUUAUUUUCUGGAGUAUAUGAUGCUGGCAUAAGCACGAAGGCAAAAGAGAUUGUGGUUAAUGCAAUGGAUGGCGAUACCGUAUUAAGUUUGCCGCCAACUGAUGGACUGUUUACAACGGUGUCUUUGCAGGUGGAUUUACUUCCGGGCAGUAACUUUGUGGCUGUGAUGAUGGAGAGUGGGUAUGAUGCUGUUGAACUAGAAUAUCUGCUGGUUGUAUAG